UCGAAGAAAGGGAUUGAGAGCCCCUUUCUCCCUUCCUCUUGGUCACCCCUACUUCCUCUUUCCAGCCGUCGCUUCCCAAAUCGAAGAUGGUUCACCAACUAUCUUCGUCAACGUUAUGCUAGAUCUACCAUGAAGGUGCCAAUUCACAGUGCAUCGGCGUGGAUCUACGGCAGAGUCGAGCGGUGGUGAAAGAGACGUGUUGCGUGGUGUUGAAAGGUGGGAGGGCGGCGGAGAUUGUUGAAUUCUAAUUUUCCCGGUUUGGAGAUUUUUUAUUGAUGGGUUUUUUUU